AAACCGACGACUGUACAAUUUUUUCAAAGACGUUAAUACUACUGUACUCAGUAAACAGUACAUCGUAUUAAGAAAGAAACGUUAAACUAAAUAAUUAAUUUGCGACUUUGAAACAUCAAAAUUUAAUCAUUUCAUAUAUUUGUUAAGUAAAAUAAUCAAAUUUAAACGAAUUAUUUGAAAUUUUGAUUUUCAAAGUGUAAAUAUUUAACUGAUUUUUUCACUCUCUUGGAGUAUUAGCUCCGAACGAGGGUUUUGAAAAAAUCAAUAGAGAGGUAAACAAGGAUAAAGACAUGUCAGCAGAUUCACCUAGGCGUUCUUCUGGUAAUGCCAGUCGUGGUAUGAUGGCGGUUCCUGCUAUAGUACCACCACAGGUUGUUAGUGAUCGAUCAAUUUUGGAUUCAGCUAUUGGCUUUAUUAAUGAAGUCACUUUAGCCCAGCAGCCUCCAAUAGAUCCGAAAGAUACUAUAACUUGGGCAAGAUUUGAAACAGCUGCUGAUAUAAGCGACCCACGUUUUGGAGAUGAUUGGGAAUUAGAAGGUAAUGUUGCGCCUCCACUUCUAUUAAUACUGGGGUAUGGUUUGGGUGUUCAAGUUUGGGCAAUACCAGCGAAUGGUGAAGCCGUUGAAGUACUUUCUUGGCGACAUGGCAUAGUGUCGGCUCUAAGAGUUCUUCCAACUCCGGUUUCAACAGUAGCUGUAGAAGAAAAUGGUCGUGCUGAUGAACCCAUUGAUGCAUUUGGAGAGAAAAGGCCUUUAAUUGCUUUAGUAGAUGGAAGCUCAACGUCGGGAUCUCAACCACAGUUCUGUGCAGUUAAUUUUAUAUCUCUUAAAACUGCCGCGCAGGUGAAAACUAUUAAGUUUAAAAAUCCAGUUAUUGAUAUAUUGGCUAAUCGUUCGUCGGUAGUUAUUACUUUUCAUGAACGUAUUGCCGUUUUUGAUGCCCGUACUUUGGAGGAUCGCUUAUCGAUUACAACAUGCUAUCCCAGUCCAGGUAUAAAUCCUAAUCCUGCAGCCUUAGGUCCACGAUGGUUAGCAUAUGCGGAAAAUAAACUUUUGCAUUCAAAGCGUAGUGGAGGUGGCUGUGAUGGAGAUGGCGUAGCAAGUUAUACAGCCACUGUACUGAAUGCCUCAAAAUCAUUAGUAAAAGGCUUACGAGAGUUAGGAGAACAAGUCGCUGCUGGAUUGACGGGCACUACUGGCAGUACAAGCAAUUCUAAGAAUACGUCCUUUGAUUCCGGUUGUGGUCUUGAAACGAAACAAUCUGGUAUAGUUACCAUUAUAGAUAUAAAGAAUCCUCUGCGUGAUUGCAGUCCCACUUCGGGUUUGUCAACAUCUAACAAUCAAACAGCGGGGACCGAUUCAAUUAUAGCUCAUUUUAUAGCGCACUCGGAAGCAUUGGUUGCAAUGGAGUUCGAUAAUUCAGGAAUGCUUUUAGUAACAGCUGAUCGAAGAGGGCAUGACUUUCACGUGUUUCGUAUUCAACCGAAUCCUGUCGGUUCCAGUCUUGCAGCCGUACAUCAUCUAUAUAUAUUACAUCGUGGCGAUACAAGUGCCAAAGUGCAAAACAUAACGUUAACACUGGAUUCGCGCUGGGUUGCUGUUUCAACACUUCGAGGCACAACCCAUGUGUUUCCCAUUACGCCAUAUGGAGGUGCUAUGGGUGUAAGAACUCACACUUCUCUGCAUGUGGUUAAUAAAUUAUCUCGUUUUCAUCGUUCAGCCGGCCUAUCGGCUGAAGGACGCUCGAAUUCCCCAAUUUCACAUUCGGAAAGUACAACAUUCACCCAAUCUCUGCAGCCUUAUCACAAUUCAACUUUACCGCCGUUUCCCCGCCCAACGGUAGUUAUGCCGUUAGCUCAGUUGAGACAACCAUUUGCUCUGGGAUCUCCACCGGGGUCGUCAACUUUAGCAGGAGUUAAAUCUGUUACAGGAAGCUCGGGAUCAGGAUCACAGCGUCAAAGAUUAUCCUCAUUAUCAGAUGAUAGCGGAAAGCCACUAAGUGUUUGUGCUAUUUUUGCAAAAUCACGAUCGUGGCUUUUGGACCCCCCAAAUGUUACUCGGGAAGCUCCACACCGUAUACAGCGCAAAGCUGUAGAUUCCUUGUUUAUAAUGGCCGGACACGGAGCUCUUAUACAAUACGAUUUGGAUACAAAACUUGCUUCAAAUGUUGCCAAAGAUAAAAUAUGUGACGAUACUCCCAUUGAAUUAGAAGUAGAAGCAAAAGCACAAUGGAACUUGGGUAGGCGUAAAGAAGGGUCUCAGGAGAUAAUGCCCCCACUAUCAGCAGAUAAUUGGUUAAUUAAAAAUCGCAAUUCUUGCAUGUUAACCGAUAGCGCUCGCCAAUACGAUGACUCAGAUGAUCGGAGCGAAUCUUGGCUAGCGCAGGUUGAAAUUAUAACACACGCUGGACCUCAUAGACGUCUCUGGAUGGGACCCCAAUUUGUAUUUAAGACUUAUAACACACCAAGCGGGUCAAAUUUAAGUCAUGUCGAAAUUGAAGCAGUAGAAAUAGGUACAUCAAAAUCUAGCACUAAUUCAACUUCCGAAAAAAUUGAUCAUUCAAGCCCUUUGAAUAUGCCCUUAACUGCAACAAGUCGCUCUAGUGCUGUACCGGUUCUUAUAGAAUCUGGAUCAUACAGCAGCAUUGAACAAAGCCCCAAACUGAUGGAUCGUUUUCGUCACGAUCAUUUAGAUUCUGACUUUUCCGUAGCUCAUGGUGAUUCUCGUUUAAAAGAAGACUUGGCCGAUGCAAUGCGCGAAUCUCCUUCUGCAACCGCUUCCUCUAAAGACAGUGGUAAGUUUUAAGUAAGAUCAUAAUUAGUUCUUAUUUAUAUUGUAUAUGAGUUCUAUAUUUAGCUCAUCUUUUUGUGUUAUUGCUUUGUUCGUCAAAUUUAAUUGCUUAUUAUUUUUACUUAACUGUGUAUAAUUAAUAUAUGUACAUUAUAAUACCACAGCACUACCUUAUAGCCAAUACUGUCCUGAUAGUAAAAAGGCUAUUUUUAAGAUCAAUUUUGUGAAAAAACUUCCCGA